CUAUUGGUACAGACACAGAUGGCAUGAACAUCCUUGGUCUGGUGUUAUUUGCGAUGGUGUUUGGCGUGGCGCUGAGGAAGCUGGGAGAAGAGGGGGAGGAACUCAUCCGUUUCUUCAAUGCUUUCAACGAGGCCACCAUGGUGCUGGUGUCCUGGAUCAUGUGGUAUGUCCCUUUUGGCAUCAUGUUCCUUGUGGGCAGUAAGAUUGUGGAGAUGGAAGAUGUUGGUCUUCUGGUCACUAGUCUGGGAAAAUAUAUCUUUGCUUCGAUCCUGGGCCACAUUAUCCACGGCGGCAUCGUCCUGCCCCUCAUCUACUUCGGCUUCACACGCAAGAACCCCUUCAGUUUCCUGUCAGGCCUCAUCACACCCUUCACCACGGCCUUCGCCACUUGCUCAAGUUCAGCAACUCUUCCCUCCAUGAUAAAGUGUAUCGAGGAGAACAAUGGAGUCGACAAGCGCAUCAGCCGCUUCAUCCUUCCCAUUGGGGCCACUGUCAACAUGGACGGAGCAGCCAUAUUCCAGUGCAUCGCUGCUGUCUUCAUCGCUCAGCUCAACAAUUAUGAGCUGAACGCUGGACAGAUAUUCACCAUCCUUGUGACAGCUACAGCCUCAAGUGUGGGUGCAGCAGGCAUCCCAGCUGGCGGCAUCAUAACCAUCGCCAUCAUCCUGGAGGCCAUCGGCUUGCCUACCAACGACCUAUCACUUAUGCUGGCUGUUGAUUGGAUUGUGUAA